CAAGCAUUAUUAAAGAUCAGCCUCCACAAAAGCAAAGCCAGCAUUAGAAUAGACACAAGUACACACCAUUGCAGGGGCAGAUGCACAGUCAUCAGGAUGAAAAAGUAGUCCUCCAAGGGGAGAAGAAAGGCAAGCUUGCACCAGGACACUCCAAGAAACACUACCACCCAAAUCAGCAGGAGUAAGACAAGCCAAAUCAAGGGCAAGAAGGAGCCAAGAACACCAAAGCCAUAGCAUAAAAACCAAAGGCUUAGCAGUGCACAUAAGAAGAACACAGCAGGAGCAGGAGCAAGACCUCAACACCAUCGACAUGAUGAUGGGCGGCAUGUACACUCCGCGUUUCAGCAACGUGAUGAUUGGCUACCUCAACCUGGCGACGCUCCUGGCCUCAAUCCCAGUCAUCGGAGCAGGGCUCUGGCUGGCCAAGGGCUCGACGACAACGUGCUCGUCGAUACUGCAGACGCCUCUCCUCAUCAUCGGCUUCGUCGUCCUCCUCAUCUCCCUUGCUGGUUUUGUCGGCGCCUGCUUCCACGUCGCCUGGGCACUGUGGCUGUACCUACUCGCCGUGAUGAUCCUCAUCGGGGUGCUGCUUGGGCUCACCAUGUUCGGCUUUGCCGUGACGGCGGGAGGCGGUGGCACGCAGGUGCAAGGCAGGCCAUACAGGGAGUACCACAUCUCGGACUACUCCUCAUGGCUCCAGAAGCAUAUGCAGGACAUCAAGUACUGGAAGCCGGCACUUGCCUGCGUCGUUGGGUCCAAGGCCUGCCCUAAGAUCUCCAAUUGGACUCCCAUGGAUUACCUCCAGCAUGAUCUCACGCCAUCGCAGUCUGGCUGCUGCAAACCACCAACCUCAUGCACCUACAGCGGGGGGAUGCCGGUUGGAGCGCAGGAUGAAGACUGCUUCCGGUGGAACAAUGCCCCGAACAUCCUAUGCUACCAAUGCGACUCAUGCAAGGCUGGCGUGAUGGAGCAAGUGCGCCAGGACUGGCACAAGAUCUCCGUGCUCAACGUCAUCGUGCUCGUCUUCCUCAUCUGCGUCUGCGCCUGUGGGUGCUGUGCCUUCAGAAACGCCCGCCGCUCCGUGUCCGAGUACCCAUACGGGGUAAACCGCAUGUCCAAGAUCAAUCCUCGCUGGGACUACUACUGGUGGCGAUGGUUCCGCGAUAGGAGAGAACAGAUGUAUUAGUUAGCUACUGGUACUCAACCAACCAAUGUAUAAUAUUUUCUUCCUGAUAAAUGGCUGAGGGUUGGGUCAUUUCCGCAUAGCACGCUGGGUUUUCAUAUGUUAAUUUUCCAUUAGUGUCCAAUAAUUAGUCUUCUGUAGAUAGUUCAGCAUGACGAAAGUACAAGAUGGUGAAGUGGAAUGGCAUGUCAAGUUUCUGCAGUAUGGUAGUCAAAGUGUUUUGCAUUUUGUAGCAUAUUCUACUUGGUGAGUUCAAAAGAGAAGUGAAUAUAUCUAUGGGGAAAAGAUAAGACCAGUCAGCUAUAUGACUAUAUACUGUUGGUGUGACUUCUAUAUUUGUCAUGGUUUGGCCAUGUC